CACGGCGGGAACUUCUAGCUAGCUAGUCAAGGAUGUUUACAGUCAGCUAACAAGCUUUGUACAUCUCAUUUUUAGCUACAAAGUGUAUACCAGUUGGACAAGGCAGUCACCAUGGCUGCUCCCCCAGUGGAGUACACCAUAGGAGGGGUGAAGAUACAGUUCCCUUGCAAAGCCUACCCCUCCCAGCUGGCCAUGAUGAACUCUAUAGUGCGAGGGCUGAAUCAUGGGCAGCACUGUCUAUUGGAGAGCCCUACAGGGAGUGGCAAGAGCCUGGCCCUGCUCUGCUCCGCCCUGGCCUGGCAGCAGGCACAAUAUGGUAAGCUUGAACAGGACGGCAGCAGUCCUACAGAGGGUAAGAAGCCAGCUGUCACCACCCCCUGUCAGUGUGCCUGUCACAGCAAACCCGCCAGUGUCCCAGACAACAGGCCCAAACCACUAGCCACUGUGGUGGUGGACCUCACUGGCUCACCGGAGGUAGUGGUGGCACAGCGCUCAUCUUCUCCCACAGACACAGUGCCCCCUCCAUCAGAGGAGUACAAGCCCAAGUCUCUAGCCUCUCGUCUGUCUGACAAGCUCCAGACCUCCCUAACCUUCGAACAGGAGAAGGAUGAUGACUUCCAGCCUGAUAGGAAACGCAUCCGCACCCCAACCAUGGAGCAGAAGGGUUGUAAGAGGAGGUGCUUGGAGCAGGGAGUGGUGUUUAUAGAUGAUGAGCCAGAAGGAGAGAGGCCAGUGUCUGGAGCACAGACCUGGACCGUGGAGCUGAGUACCCAGGCACAGACUAUAGACCUGCCCCCUGAGAGACACUGCUGUUCCCCCGUGGUGUCCUGCUGUCUCUGUCCCUGUGCUUCGUCCAAAGGCGUCCAGAAAGGAGCCGAGGGGAAGUCUUCUAAGGAGAAGGACAAGGACAAAGAGGGCAAGAAGAAACAAGUCCCCAAGAUCUUCUUUGGCACGCGCACCCACAAACAGAUCACUCAGAUCGCCCACGAGAUGAAGCGUACGCUCUACUCCUCCGCACCCAUGACCAUCCUGUCCAGUAGGGACCACACCUGUGUCCACCCAGAGGUGAUGCCUCACUCCAACCGCAACGAACGCUGCAAAGAACUGCUGGAAGCGAAGAAUGGCGUGUCGUGCCGCUUCAAAAACGGUGUGCACAAGAUGCAGGACCAGAAUACUCUGCAGUGGGUCCAUGGUCUCCACCAGGCCUGGGACAUAGAGGACCUGGUUCGUCUGGGGGGCCGGCUGAGGGCCUGCUCCUACUACGCUGCCAGGGACCUCAUGCAGGACGCCUGUAUCGUCUUCUGUCCCUACAACUACCUGCUGGACCCCCUCAUCAGGGAGAGCAUGCAGAUCAACCUGAAGGGUCAGAUUGUGGUUCUGGAUGAGGCCCACAACAUAGAGGACUGUGCCAGGGAGAGUGCCAGCUACACCCUGAACAAACCCCAGCUGCUGUCUGCCAGGGAGGAGCUGGACGGCAUGGUAACCCAUAACAUCAGACGCUCCAACCACGAACCCCUACGAGCCUUCUGCUGCUCCCUGCUCAACUGGAUGCAGGAGAGCUGCAGUGUUCUGGCUGAGAGGGAGUAUGAGAUGUCCUGUAAGGUGUGGAACGGCAAGGAGGUUCUGGGAAUCUUCCACACCAUGGGCAUCACCGCUGACACCUUUGCCAUGCUGCAGAAGCACCUGGCAGCGGUGUUGGAGAAGGAGGAGCGGGUUGGGCUGGUGAACGGGAGAGAGGAUACAGUGGAGGUCCCCACCAUCAGCUCAGCCAGCUCCUCUGUCAUCAAGAGUCUCUUCAUGGUGCUGGACUUCCUCUACAGGGACAAGAGCAGGUUUGCAGAGGACUACCGCGUGGCGCUGCAGCAGACCUACACUUGGACCACGGCUCCAGACGUGCCAGAUGCACAGGGCUUCUUCGCCAGGCCCAACCGCCGGCGCCACAGUGCCAAGACCAAGACCCUCGUACACACACUCAGCUUCUGGUGCCUCAACCCUGCCGUGGCGUUCUCAGACCUUUCGGACAAUGUUCACAGCAUCGUGCUGACCUCAGGCACGUUGUCUCCUAUGGGAUCCUUCUCCUCAGAGCUGGGGGUCAAGUUCUCUAUCCAGCUGGAGGCCAGCCACGUCAUCAGCAAGUCACAGGUAUGGGUGGGCACGCUGGGCUCUGGCCCCCAGGGGAGGAAGCUGUGUGCCACCUUCCAGCACGCUGAGACCUAUGCCUUCCAGGAUGAGGUGGGAGCCCUACUGCUCAGGGUCUGCCAGGCCGUAGGGAGGGGAGUGCUCUGCUUCCUGCCCUCCUACAAGAUGCUGGACAAGCUGCGUGACCGCUGGACCAACACAGGGCUGUGGGAGAAGCUGGAGGAGAGGAAGACAGUGAUCACGGAGCCUAGAGGAGGAGGGAAGGGAGACUUUGAUUUACUGCUGCAGAUGUACUAUGAUGCCAUCAGAAUCAGUGGAGAGUUUGCAGGGGACAGAGAUGGAGCUCUGCUGAUGGCAGUGUGUAGAGGGAAGGUGAGUGAAGGACUGGACUUCACAGACGACAACGCCAGAGCAGUGGUCACCAUCGGCAUCCCCUUCCCCAACAUCAAGGACCUGCAGGUGGAGCUGAAGAUGAAGUAUAAUGACCAGCACUGUAAAUCCAGGGGUCUGCUGUCAGGCUCCCGCUGGUAUGAGAUCCAGGCCUACAGAGCCCUCAACCAGGCCCUGGGCAGGUGUAUCAGACACAAGAAUGACUGGGGAGCCCUCAUUCUGGUAGACGACCGCUUUGGGAACAACCCAAACAAAUACAUAUCAGGUCUGUCCAAGUGGGUGCGUAACCUGGUCAGGCACCACGACACCUUCAGCGGUGCCAUGCAGUCGCUGGUAGCCUUCUCCCAGUGCCAACAGGGGGCAGUAGAGAUCCAUGGAGCAGGGAGCCAGACCUUCAACAGCACCACUGUCCUGUCUCCAGCCAGUCAAUCUCCAGUGACUGUGGAACAUCUGUCCCACUGUCUGCCAAGUCCUAGCCCCAGCUCAGACAGCCUUCUCUGGGCCACGGUGCACCACACUACCACCUCUCAGGUCCCAGAGCCCCACACCCAGCUACAGGGGGUCAGGUCCUGGGUUCCCCCUAUGGUCUCUGUCCCACCUGCUCUGUGGCCUCUCUCCACCACCAGCCGUGGAAAGAGUGGAAACACAGGUGACCAGAAGCAGACACAGCAACACCCCUCCACUCAUCUGAACAGUGAUCCCAAGGCCCCGCCCCCAACCAUUUCCACCCCCCUCUCCACCCCGCGGCCCCUGCACCACCUCUUCUCCUCCACCCCUGUGAGCUCCACCCGCUUCAAGACCCCAAUCUUCCAGGCCCAGGACCCAAGCAGGCGUCGCUGUCCUCUGGUCGACACACCACGGCCUGACUCUGUGGAGGAGGAGAAGGAGAACCAGGAGAAUGUAAGUCAGGAUCCCUGGAUCCCCUGCCCAGGAGGGAAGGCCCGUGAGGGGCUGGAUGGACCGGCAGCUACCCCUCCCAGCCAGGACCAGGGUCCGGUUCUAGACCUCUCCCCAGUGGAGGUCCCUGCCAGUUGUGAGCCCAGACAGACCACUGUAGUUGUAGAUGAUCCCACCCUGCUAGACGAAGAGGAAGACCAGAGCAUCUUCUUCACACCUGAGAUGUUUGAUGAGGAGGAGGUAGACACCAAGCCUCUCCCCAGGACAGUGCAGGGGACGAUGACAGGGGAGGGAACUGUGGUUGCGUCCAGCCUUGCUCUCUCUACCGGAACAACCCAGGCUCUGUCUGAGGACCUGUUUGGCCCAGAGCAGGGUCCCAGGGAGGGCACAGGGACGGUCACUACCACUGAUACCCAGAGGGGUGGCGCUCUCACUCUCUUAGCGAGUAGAGACUGUGUCAGUGUGGGAUGGGAACAGGACAGGCAGCAGGGGUGUAGGAGUAGGAUAGGGAGUGGUGACGAGACCCAGAGACGGGAGGACCAAGGUCAGGGAGAAGGACAGGAGGUAAACCAGACCCAGACGCAGGGCCAGACCCAAGGCCAGAGCAGGCAGACAGCCAACAGGACACACAGACUGUCCAGGUCCAGAAAGAAAGCUCCAGAGCCCUCCACGCCAUCCUCAGGUCACUGCGCUGAGGCCCUUGUUGCAAGACCGACCCAGCCGUGGAAAGGGAGAGUUGUUCUUUCCAAGACUCAGGCUAAAAACCAAGUCUGGUGCAGUCAGAGGGGCAGAGGCAGGACCAAGGCAGGGGUGCCCUUUGCACCCACCUCCAGUGUCCCAGUCCAGCCCCAGACCAAAUACCAGGGCCUAGAGGUCCAGGGCAGGACAGCCAGAGUCAGAUCUGCUAGUGUGGCUGGUUCUGGUCCUGAGGAGACUGAGGGAGAGCAGGCCGUCACAGGAUGUAAGGACCAGGCCUCUACCAAGUCUGGGACUAGUAUUAGGGCCAAGGCCAGGGGGCUAAAGGACUCUUUCAAGUCAGGAACCAGCGGGACGGCCAGGGGGCCGGAGGAUGUUCCCAAGCCAAAGACCAACAGCAGUAAGGCCAAGGGGCAGGAGGUUACUAGUGUUUUCUGUCAACAGUACAGCAGCAGGGGGAGAUUGAAGGCAACAUGCAGACCAGAGGUGAAGAGAUCCAGGGGGAAAAAGGCACGGUUGCCCCCCUCUUGGGAGGGCCUGGAAGAAGUCACGAGCAGUACCCCCACCCCUAACGCCCCUGCUACCGCCACAGUGCACAUUGACAUUGUCACCCCUAAAUGCGAGGGUAGAGUGUGUGUCCAAGGAAGUCCUGGAGGUGAACCUGAGACUGAGAGUAGCCCCACUGGUCUAACAAAGGAAGGGCCUGGUAGUCUGAACUCUCUACAGAAAGGCAUCAAGGUGCAGAGGAGCUGUAAGCAGGAUAGAGGGGCCAACAGGGCCUCUCGGAGGAGGAAGAGGACUAGAGACCAGAGACCCUGUUCCAGAGGACUAGACUGUGCUGUGUGUGGGCAGCAGCUACUGCCUGUGGCAGAGGGUGAGCUGCAGAGCAGCCUGUGUGAUCUGGAGCAGAUAGCCAGGCUUAGAGGCACCAGAGGAUGGGGAGCCACAGGUCCAGCCCAGUGUCCAUGCCUCCCACCCAGGCCCCUAUGUCCCCAUGACCCCCCUAACCUACUGGCGGUCCGGGGCAUCGCAGCCCUACAGGCCCUCAGAAGCCGUCUUCAGCCUUACAGGGACAACAACAACACCGCCUACAAUGCUAUCUGGGACCCCGUGGAGUGCUCUGUGACCAGGCUACUACAGUGUAGAGGUUGUGCCUUCCAAAACCCCUCUUCUUCGUCUGCUGCUGUGGUGGCAGCUGAGAUCCAGCACCCACGGGAUCCCACCCUGGACCAGAUCUGGUUGGCCCCAGCUGCAGUCCGAUUCUGCUCUCUCCUCCAGAUCUACAGCCCUGCCCAGUAGAACCACCUGGAUUCAGUUGGACAUCCUCCAUAGAAACAUGGAGGCCAGUCUAACUCUUCAGCCUCACAACCACCAUAUCCACCACAUAUACACAGCCAUUCUAACCAUACUUCCUCCCGGUGUGCACAUGUGAGAAUAACACAUUUGUGUAUAU